AUUUUUGCUGCUGAUAUUUGCGACAAAAAGCUUUUCGUACAACAAAUAUCGCUAUUUUAUUUUAAAAGAAGUCAUUAACAAAGAAUUGCCAUUUGUUUAAUUUAUCGUAACAAAAUGAUUUUAAGAAUAUUUCUAUUAACCACAGCUUUGGUAGCAGCACCCAGUACAAUAAAUGCACAAUUUCAUCAUUUUGGUGAAGCUUUAAAUACAUCACCAUUGGGGGCCGAUUGUGCUCUAAUACUAUCAGGACCUGGAAGAUCAUCGGUAUACGAUUAUAGUGUCAAUUUAUUCCGUGGUUCAUUAGGUCCUUAUAAUGGUGACUCAACUUGUAUUACAUACGAUGCUGUAAAUGCUGCCUAUUUGGAUGCACGCAAAAGAAUACAUGUCUCACAACCUAAAGGUGAAUGGAAGGCCGAAGAUAUUGCCACCGUGGGUGAAUUAUUACUGGACAUUUCCAUACAAUUGGCCAGAACUUAUGGUCUCUCCUAUGAAGAAAUCGAAAAAGGUUUACCCACCGUUGACACCUCAAAAACUCUGAUACGUGAAGUCUGUCCACCUUUCUUCUCAGGAGUUGAAUGUCGUCCCGGUAAAUACAGACGUUUCGAUGGUUUGUGCAACAAUAUUGAACAUCCCACAUGGGGUGCUGCUAUGUCUCCUUUCCAACGUUUAAUUGGCCCGCUCUAUGCUGAUGGCAUAAAUGCACCACGUAUUUCAGUAACUGGACGUGAUUUACCCUUCUCACGUGUGGUCUCGCGUACAAUGCAUCCCGAUGAUGGUUAUCAUGAUCAUGCUGGUACUGUUAUGGUUAUUGCUUGGGGUCAAUUUAUGGAUCACGAUUUUACUUUGACUGGUACACCAUUGGAUCCUAUUAACCGCAAUGAUCCCGAAGAAUGUUGUAAACGUCCCAUGCACUUGAAACAUCCCUAUUGUAAUGAGAUUCGUGUGCCGGAUGAUGAUUAUUUCUAUCGUCUUUUCAAUGUUAAAUGUAUUGAUUUUGUUCGCGCUUUCCCUUCACCUAGACCUGGCUGUAAAUUGGGCUCUCGUCAACCAUUCAACACUUUGACUGGUGUCAUUGAUGCCAAUACCGUGUAUGGUGUAAAUGAGAAAAACGCUCGCAAAUUGCGCACUGGUUAUGGUGGUUUGCUACGCAUGAACCCAGUCUUCAAUGAGUAUGGUCUUAAAGAUUUGUUGCCACUCAAAUUAGACAUUCCCGAUGAAGGUUGCACCAGACCCAACAAGAGCAUGUUCUGUUUCGAAGCCGGUGAGAUUCGUGUCAAUGAACAAUUGGUACUGACCUGCAUGCACACUUUAAUGGCCAGAGAACACAAUCGUUUGGCUACCGGUUUGUCUCAGAUCAACAAGCACUGGGACGAUGAGACUCUAUUCCAAGAGUCCAGAAGAAUUAACAUUGCCAUUGUACAGCAUGUGACCUACAAUGAAUUCUUACCCAUUUUGUUGGGCAAAGAAGUUAUGGAGAAAUUUGGUUUGGUUUUGCAAAAAGAUGGUUAUUGGGAUGGCUAUGAUUCCAAGGUAAAUCCUGGUAUUAUUGAUUCGUUUGCUGGUGCUGCUUUCCGUUUCGGCCACUCGUUAUUGCCAACAGCUGUAGAACGUUGGUCAAAGGCUCAUAAGUUUAUUGCCUCAAAGAGAUUGUCUGAUUUGAUAAGACGUCCUUAUGAUUUGUACAGAGCUGGUGUUUUGGAUGAAUAUUUUAUGGGUUUAAUGAAUCAAGUGGCCCAGGCUAUGGACGAUUCAAUAACACAAGAAGUAACAAAUCAUUUGUUUAAGAAAGAAGGUGCUAGAUUUGGUAUGGAUUUGGUGUCGUUUAAUAUGCAACGUGGUCGUGAAUUUGGUAUACCCGGCUAUAUGGAAUUCCGUAAAUUCUGUGGUCUACCCACCUCGAAUACCUGGGAUGAAAUGUUUGGUUCUAUGCCCAAUGACACCAUUGUGAGAUAUCAAUCGAUAUUCGAACAUCCUGCUGAUAUUGAUUUAUGGUCUGGUGGUGUCUCUGAGAAAUCUUUGCCCGGUUCUAUGUUGGGUCCCACUUUUGCCUGUGUCAUUGCUACCCAAAUGAGUUAUAUAAGACGCGGUGAUCGUUUCUGGUAUGAGUUGCCCAACCAGCCCUCAUCUUUCACACCUGAACAAUUGCAGGAAAUACGCAAAGCCAAAUUAUCACGUUUGAUAUGUGAUAAUACAGAUUUAAUAGAUACAGUACAAAUAUAUCCCAUGGUAUUGCCCGAUCAUGAAAUUAAUCCCCGUGUGCCUUGUAAGAGUGGUAUUAUACCCUCCAUUGACUUAACAAAAUGGGCCGAUUAUGCUAGUCCCGAUAUCGCCUCACCAGUUUUUAACUAUAUAAAUGAAAUUCCCGAUACUUUGCUAAACUUCCGUAAGAAGUAAUCGAUAAUACCCCAGUCCCAGCAUUUCUUUUUAUUGUUAAAUACUCAAGGAGCAUUAUAUUCAUACUCCCUCCCAAAUCAUCAUUUUAUUUUUCUUUUACUCUUCGACACACAUUUCUCUUAUACAUUUUUUAACUUAUUAAAAGUCGUCGUCGUCUUCUACUUAUUUACUCUCAUUUCUAUUCUAAGUCAAUGUUAUAUUUUUUCUCUUAUACAUGUGUUCUUAGCAUUUUUCUUCAUUAUAAAUAUGAAUAUUUGAAUGAAUAUUUUUUAGUUUCACUUGCUUACGUCAUAAUUGUUUAUUUUUGAUUAUUUUGCAAUGAAUAAUUUUCAUUUAUUUUACGUUUUAAUUAUUUUUUGUGUAUAUAUUAUUUUUAAAUAGUAAAAAUUUGUUUAAGUAUUUUUUUUUUCAUUGUAAUCAUUAUUUUGUUUAUACAUUUAAUAAUAACAAUUUAUACAAACAAUAAAAUUAAAUAAUAUAUAUAAAUAAAAAA